AUGACAUUAAACCUCACCAUCAACACGAGCAACCCACCCCUCGGGGCGCUUUUGGCAGCAGAGCAUGUGAAGGGGAGUGUGAAGCUGUCAGUGGAGGAAGGCAAAGACACCCGGCUUCACGUAUCAGAUGCAAUCCAGUUCAGUGAUGUGAACUCCAUCACUCGCUACUUGGCUCGGGUGGCCCCUGCCCUUGGCCUCUAUGGAGCCAACAUGAUGGAGCAGACUGAGGUCGACCACUGGUUGGAGUUCAGCGCUCGGCGUCUGUGCGGUCAGACUGGUCUGUCUGUGGCGCUGGGUGAACUGGACAAGGCCCUUUCCCUCCGGACCUUCCUGGUUGGACAUGCUGUCACCCUGGCUGACCUCUGCGUCUGGGCUGCUCUCAAAGGUCAUGUGGAAUGGCCCAGCCAGGCUAAAUCUUUCUCCCAUGUCAACCGCUGGUUUUCCUUCCUGGGCUCCCAGGUUCCCUUCACUGCUGUGGGCACGAAGUGGGCCACCAGGAAAGCCCCACCACAGAAGUCCAAUUCUGAGGAGAAGGAGAAGAAGCAGGAUGUUGGGAAGUUCGUGGACCUGCCGGGAGCUGAGAUGGGCAAGGUGGUGGUUCGAUUCCCUCCUGAGGCCAGCGGCUACCUUCAUAUCGGCCAUGCCAAGGCUGCCCUGCUCAACCAGCACUACCAGGUCACGUUUAAAGGCAAGCUCAUCAUGCGCUUUGAUGACACAAACCCUGAGAAAGAGAAGGAGGACUUUGAGAAGGUGAUUCUGGAGGAUGUUGCGAUGCUGCAGAUCCAUCCAGACCAGUUCACCUACACCAGCGACCAUUUUCCCACCAUCCUGCGCAUGGGUGAGCAGCUGCUCGCCGAGGACAAGGCUUACAUCGAUGACACGCCUCCAGAGCAAAUGAAGCAGGAGAGAGAGCAGCGCAUCGAGUCCAAAUGCCGCAGCAACACGGUGGAGCAGAACAUGAAGAUGUGGUCGGAGAUGAAGGCAGGCUCAGAGUAUGGUCAGACCUGCUGUAUGAGGGCCAAGAUUGACAUGAACUCCAAUAAUGGCUGCAUGAGAGACCCCACACUCUACCGCUGCAAGAACACCCCACACCCUCGCACCGGGAGCACCUACAAGGUGUACCCAACAUAUGACUUCGCCUGCCCCAUCGUAGACAGCAUGGAGGGGGUGACCCACGCUCUCCGUACCACCGAGUACCACGACCGUGACGAGCAGUUCUACUGGGUGAUCAACGCCCUGCGCCUUAGGAAGCCCUACAUCUGGGAGUACGCACGCCUCAACCUCAACAACACCGUCCUCUCCAAACGGAAACUCACCUGGUUUGUCGACCAGGGAUAUGUUGAUGGAUGGGAUGAUCCUCGCUUCCCCACUGUCAGAGGAGUCCUGAGGAGAGGAAUGACUGUGGAGGGUCUCAAACAGUUCAUAGCAGCUCAGGGUGGAUCUAGGUCUGUGGUGAAUAUGGAAUGGGACAAGAUCUGGGCCUUCAACAAGAAGGUCAUUGAUCCAGUCGCUCCAAGGUACACAGCUCUGUCCAGCUCCUAUGUUGUUCCUGUUUCAGUCCCAGAAGCCGCAGAGGAGAUGAAGGAGGCAGCCAAACACCCAAAGAAUGCAGAGGUGGGGAUGAAGGAGGUUUGGUAUGGACCUCGGGUUCUGGUUGAAGGUGCGGAUGCCGAGACAUUCUCAGAGGGAGAGGUGGUCACCUUCAUCAACUGGGGCAACCUCAUCAUCACCAAGAUCAACAAGGGCGCCAAUGGUAAGAUUUUGUCUUUGGAGGCUCGUCUAAACCUGGAGAACAAGGACUACAAGAAAACGACAAAGAUCACAUGGCUGGCUGACACGUCUAAUGCCCCACUGCUGCCCACCAUCUGCAUCAAUUACCAACCCCUCAUCUCCAAGGCUGUCCUCACCAAGGACGAUGAUUUCAAAGACUACAUUAAUAAAGAAAGCAAGCUGGAGGAAAAGAUGCUGGGAGAUCCAUGUCUCAAGAACCUGAAGAAGGGUGACAUCAUCCAACUCCAGAGGCGGGGCUUCUACAUCUGUGACCAGCCCUAUGAGCCAGUCAGUCCUAACAGCUGUAAGGAGAGCCCUUGUAUUCUGCUCUACAUUCCUGAUGGUCACACCAAGGAGAUGCCGACUGCCGGAUCCAAGGACAAGAAUAAACCCCAGACCUUGAACAACACACCUGCAUCCCCAGCUCCAGCCUCAGCCUCUGCCCCAGCUCCAGCCUCAGCUUCUGCCCCAGUUGGUGACCUCUUCUCCAGCAUCGUUGCUCAGGGUGAAGCUGUUCGGCAGCUGAAGGCAGCCAAGGCCCCCAAGGAUGAAGUGGACAAGGCUGUUCAGCAGCUGUUGGCUCUAAAGGCUCAGUUCAAGCAACAGACAGGGAUGGAGUACAAGCCAGGCAUGGCUCCCCCCACUUCUGCCCCAUCUGCCCCAUCUGCCCCAGCACCUGAUUCUGCCUCCUGUCCAUACACCCGUGUUGCCCAGCAGGGCGAGCUAGUCAGGAAACUGAAGGCUGAGAAGGCACCCAAGGAGCAGAUUGAUGUAGCAGUGAAGCAGCUCCUCGCUCUCAAGGCGGAGUUUAAACAGCUGACCGGUCAGGAGUAUAAGCCAGGGAUGUCCCCACCCACCCCUGCCUCCUCUGCCCCUGCUCCUGCCACCACCACCUCCUCCUCCUCCAGCUCUCACUCAGGCCUGUAUGAGCGGGUUGCCCAACAGGGGGAGGUUGUGAGGAAGCUCAAGUCUGACAAAGCCCCCAAGGACCAGGUGGAUGCAGCAGUGAAGCAGCUGCUGGCCCUGAAGGCAGAGUAUAAACAGGCCACAGGCCAGGAAUAUAAGCCUGGAGUCGCCCCUGUCCAGAGCAGCCCAGCUCCAGUCCAGAGCAGCCCUGCUCCGGCCCCGGCCGCCACUGGCCUGUAUGAAAAGGUCGCUGAGCAGGGAGAAGUGGUCAGGAAGCUCAAGGCUGAGAAAGCCCCUAAGGACCAGGUGGAUGCUGCAGUGAAGCAGUUGUUGGCUCUAAAGGCAGAGUACAAACAGCAGACUGGACAAGACUACAAACCAGGAUUACAGACCCCAGCUAGCCCCGCCCAGGCCAAGCCAGCCUCCGCCCCACAGGCCCAGGAGCUCUUCUCCCAGGUUGCCCAGCAGGGGGAGCUGGUGAGAAAGUUAAAAUCUGAGAAAGCCCCAAAGGAUCAGGUGGAUGAAGCUGUGAAGACCCUGCUCGCCCUGAAGAGCCAGUACAAGACACUAACUGGGGAGGAUUACAAACCAGUUAGUGCCGCUGGAGCAACUGGAGGGGAGGACAAAAACCGCAAGGAGAGAGAGAACAAGUCUGAGAAACAGGGGGGAGGAGGAGGAGGAGCUGGAGGAAAGAAGGGCAAGGGAGACAAAGCCGGCCAGGGCAAGGAGGCCUCAGGAGGUGCAGGAGGUGCAGGGGAGGGUCAAGGACCUAAGAAACAGACACGGUUGGGCCUUGAGGCCAAGAAAGAGGAAAACCUUGCUGACUGGUAUUCUCAGGUGAUCACUAAAGCAGAGAUGAUUGAGUACUAUGAUGUAAGUGGCUGCUAUGUGCUGCGACCCUGGUCCUUCGCCAUCUGGGAGGCCAUUAAAGAUUUCUUUGACCGGGAAAUUAAGAAGCUGGGCGUGGAAAACUGCUACUUCCCCAUGUUCGUGUCUCAGGCUGCCCUGGAGAAGGAGAAGUCCCACAUCGAGGACUUUGCUCCAGAGGUUGCCUGGGUUACUCGGUCAGGGAAGACGGAGCUGGCAGAGCCCAUUGCUGUCAGACCCACCAGCGAGACGGUGAUGUAUCCGGCCUACGCCAAAUGGGUCCAGUCCCACAGAGAUCUGCCAAUCAAACUCAACCAGUGGUGUAAUGUUGUGAGGUGGGAGUUUAAACACCCCCAGCCCUUCCUGAGGACCAGGGAGUUCCUGUGGCAGGAGGGACAUACAGCCUUCGCCACCAAAGAGGAGGCAGCUGAAGAGGUGCUGCAGAUCCUGGACUUGUAUGCCAGGGUGUACGAGGAGCUGAUGGCAAUCCCAGUAGUGAAGGGGAGGAAGACAGAGAAGGAGAAGUUUGCAGGAGGAGAUUACACCACCACUGUAGAGGCGUUCAUCUCUGCAAGCGGCCGAGCCAUCCAGGGUGCCACAUCUCACCAUCUGGGUCAGAACUUCUCCAAAAUGUUUGAGAUCGUGUUUGAGGAUCCAAAGAAGCCGGGUGAGAAGCAGUUUGCCUUCCAGAACUCCUGGGGAAUCACAACCAGAACCAUUGGAGUCCUCACCAUGGUCCACGGAGACAACAUGGGACUCGUACUACCACCCAGGGUGGCCUGCCUGCAGGUGAUCAUUAUCCCAUGUGGGAUCACCGCUUCCCUGUCAGAGGAGGACAAGGAGGCCCUGCUGGCCCAGUGCUCCAGGUACCUGAGCAGGCUGCAGGCCGCUGGCGUCAGGGUGAAGACUGACCUCAGAGACAACUACUCGCCAGGGUGGAAGUUCAACCACUGGGAGCUUAAGGGAGUUCCUAUCCGUGUGGAAGUCGGUCCCAAGGACAUGCAGCAGCAUCAGUGUGUGGCAGUGAGAAGAGACACGGGGGACAAGGUGACAAUUCCUGAGGCUGAAGUGGAGAAGAGGCUGCCUGCCAUGUUGGAGGACAUUCAGAACAACCUGUUCAGGAAAGCCUCUGAUGACCUGAAUAAACACAUGGUAGCUGCAGACACAAUGGAACAGUUCCAGAAAGAUCUCGACCAGGGCAGAAUUGUGCAGAUCCCAUUCUGUGGAGGCAUUGAGUGUGAGGAUUGGAUCAAGAAAACCACUGCCAAGGAUCAGGACCUAGAGCCUGGAGCUCCAUCCAUGGGAGCCAAGAGCCUCUGCAUCCCCUUCACCCCCCUGAAGACCCUGCAGCCUGGUCAGAUGUGUGUCAGUGGCAAGGAGCCCGCCCAGUACUACACCCUGUUUGGACGCAGCUACUGAAGCGCUGUGUCCAAAGAGAGUUGCUCUGCUGGAGGCAGGGGAGGAUGACCCUAGUGAUGAUGAUGAUGAUAAAUAUUAUAAUAUAAAAGAGCUUUCUUUCCUUCUCUCCUGUGGUUUCUUCAGCCUGUCUCUGAUCUCUUGUGUAACUGGGUUAUCAGGGGUGUUGGGUGUAACUGGGCAGUGGGAUAUAGACUGGGAAAAUGUUUUUUUAUAUACAUGUUUUCAUUAAUAUGUUAGACAUAAGGGAGUGAAGGUGAGGUAGUCUCUUUUACUUGACAGAAAAUGCUUAGAAGUACUCCUCCACCUCUCACAACCAGAAACCUCGAUGUUUCUUGAAGCUGGAGGAUGUGGUUUGUACUAAGCUGGAUAAUUACGAGCAGAAUCCAGGUAGAUAAUAGCAAAUCUGUCCUGUGUUCGGUUAGUUAGUUAACUUAUAGGUAACCACUAUUUGCAGUGUUAUUCUAAGCAACAUCUUGUUGGCUGGUAAAAUAUUGAAAAUGGCUGGUGGAUUUUGGAAACUACUUGGAUACAGAUUUUUCAGAAAUAGUUUCCUUUCUUAUACCUCAUAACAUUGCUAUCAGGCAGGGAAAAACAUCUCCAGCUUUGGUGUUUUUUCUUCCCUGACCUGAAAUUUCAGUCAUCACUUAUGCAAUGAGUGAGUUUUAGGACCCUUUUGCUGAUGAAGCCUAUUAUUAUUACCAUUGUACAGUUGCAACAACAGGGGCAUCAAGAGAAAAAUAAGCAUUUUCUUCAUUUCGGAAAAAUGUACUAUGUGAGAAUAAGUGCUCUUCGCCAGUCCAUCUUUCUCCCAGUCAAACUCUCUCAGGAUUUCUGCCGGCACUCAGCACUUGACGUUGGAUGCAUUGUCAUGGCUUUAACAACCCUCCUCUACCUGUAUGACUGUUGAGUGGCUCAUGGCUCACUGCUACAGGCAACUCAGCUCCACCAGAGCAAACUCAUGCAAAGCUGUUACAAACUGUCCAUGUAACUAAUAGCCUGUCCUGUAGCCUUCUCUCCCCUUAAUGAACUCUUAAAGCUUGUCCAUAAUAAAGGCACUCUGAAUUUC